AUGUCUGUAGAUUACACCUCAAAGACAGUCGCCAUCACAGGCGGGGCAGCAGGUCUCGGUUUAGCAAUCACCAAAUUCUUCCUCGCAGCCAACGCGACAGUCCUCGCUCUUGACAUUUCUCAAACAGCCCUAGACAACCUCCCGUCCGAGGUCCCGGAAGCCGACCGAUCUCGCGUUCACCCCGUUAAAUGCGACGUCACGUCUCCCGACUCAGUCGAAGCUGCGUUUUCAUCGUAUCUCUCUGGAGGAGAAGGUCGCCGUCUGGAUGUACUGGUUAACAAUGCAGGUCUCUCGGACAAGAUGCAUCCAACAGCAGACUGCGACAUGGCGAUGUGGGAGAAGAACAUUUUGGUAAAUAUGACGGGACCGUUCAUCACAUCACAGCAGGCUAUCAGGCAAUUCUUGAAGCAAGAUAUUGUAGGCGGGCAGAGAGGCGUCAUUCUGAAUGUCAUCAGUGCGGCGGGAACUCACGGGGCCAGAGCCGGCGUGGCAUACACAGCAUCGAAACACGGCACUGUUGGCCUCACCAGAAGCACAGCAGCAUUCUACGGACCCAAGGGCAUCCGUUGCCUAGCCAUCAUGCCAGGACCCAUGGUGACUGGCAUGGCCAGGGACAAAGACCACAUUGCUGAUUUCCAUAAGGAAGGUCUCGCACUGACCAUCGAAACCUUCAAGAUAUCUAAGCUCAUUGGAAGCAAAAGUAAACUCGCGCUUCGCAUGGAUUGUGACUCCGCUUACGUUAUAUUGGAUUUCGCCACUGCGUUUCAGUUGAUUCUUGUGUUGUCACCUGCAAAAAUGGAUGAUGGGUUGGAGCAGUUCAAUUGGAAAGAGACCUUUCUUUUCUUCUACUGGGAUAUUCAGCGCUACCGUCCCGAGUCCGCACCGAAGAUAGACAAGCUGAUUCUGGACUUCUUCUAUGAAGAAGAGCCAGCGGCUGGGUCUAAUGGCGACCCCUAUUCGUGGGAUGCUGCACUUUACCGCCUGAUGAGAAUAAUUAGGUGUCGACUUGGAUCCAACAUUUGUCCUGGGGUAAAAUCUCAUUAUCGCUGGCUUGAACAAUACGACCCCAGCACCAACCAGUCGCCACCGUACGUUGACUGGUUCUGGUUGGAACCCCAUGUCUCUAUGGAAGCCCGACGUGACGCCACGUCACAUGUCUUAGCAAUCAUCGAGCAUUUGACCACGGUGGUUUACCGACAGCAACAUGACCCAGACGAGGACGUGGACUUCGUAAAGGCAUGGGCCGGCAACAUGCUACUGAAGGAUUUCAGCGAUUCUCAUGCAAGUCCUGAGUGGGGUGUGCCAAUCCCAGUACACAUAAGUUGUCUGUUAGCAGUUGGCUGGGACCGAGCAGCUUCAAUCGACAAGUGCGAGGGUAGGAUUUUGUCUAUGCGAAGUAGGUCAAGCGAGUUCUGGUACCUUCCUCAUCCGCCAUGCCCAUGUCAGCGCUGGCCAAAUGGACACCUCGUUAGUAUGCCAGCAUCAGCUGAUUCAAGAUACGAAUUCAUCCUCGAAGACCCAAGUCACAUGGGAUACGGGACUGCGAAGAUCAGGUUCCCUUCAGAAGGACUCGGCCAUUGCGUCGACAAACAAAGCAGGCACUACUUGCGCCUUUCUUCCGGCUCACAAAAUGGGUUGUUGCGUGUUGAGGCUGCCAAGCUUCACUUCAUUGGCAUGCUCUACUGGGCGCAGCAAAUGGCUCUCACUGGCCAUGCUUUGCCGCUUCCAGAAUUCAUCGACAAGCAAUACGAGGAAUUGGCGGCUGUCAACGAUGAUGAUGCUGAUCGUGAUGAGAUGAAGUUGGACCGGAUGCUAUGGAAUGCACUUCGCAGUUUCGGUCUUGAGCGUGUCAAGUUGAAUUGCAAAUCGUGCGUCGAGACAAUUAGCUCUCCGCCGGCUAUGUGA